AUGGCUGCGCCAAAGAAAUUGUCUGGCACGAAGAAGACAGCGACCACUGCUUCCAAAACUGCCUCCAAAGCAUCAUUUGCAUCUCAGACUGCAGCUUCAGAAAACAACAAUACUCGCAAAAGCAAGCGCAAGGCUGAGGAGCUGGGAUCCUCUUCUGCUGUCACCAAGUCGCGCAAGUUCAACUCCUCCAAAGCUGCAUCUAAAUCCACAACCCGCGCCCCAAAACCCAAGCUGAUUCUCAACCAUCGCGCCACUGAUACCUUGAAUGUGUACGUCUUCGGGUCGGGCGAUUCAGGCGUACUCGGACUCGGGCCCAAAUGCUCCACCGAUGAUGUUGUGAGGCCUCGUUUGAACCCAAACCUCUCUGCAUCGUUCGUCGGGGUUGUCCAAAUGGCAACAGGUGGCAUGCAUUGUGUAGCUCUCAGGAACGACAACAAGAUCCUUACGUGGGGAGUCAAUGACCACGGUGCUUUGGGAAGAGACACGGAAUGGGGCGGCGGCUGGAAGGACAUGGACGGCGGAGACCACGACCAAGAUAGCGACAAUUCAGAGAGCGAGCUCAACCCAAAAGAAUCAUCGCCAACCGCAAUUGACAGUUCCUGCUUCCCAGCCAACACAGUGUUCACGCAAGUUGCUGCUGGUGACAAUGCAACCUUUGCUCUUACUGAGGAAGGUCUGGUCUAUGGCUGGGGAACCUUCAAGGUAAAGUACUCUGCUUCCCCGUUUCCUGAACGAGUCACUAAUACUUAUGCUCAGACAAGCGACGGCGCUUUACAUUUCUCUGCAGACAUGGCAGUCCAGAACCGACCAACCCUCAUAUCUGGCCUGCGAAACAUCACGAAGAUCGCUGCUGGAAGUAACCAUGCACUCGCCCUUGAUCACAAGGGUUGCGUUUUCGCCUGGGGAUUUGGUGAGCAAUGUCAGUUGGGCCGUCGCAUCAAUGCUCGCUUCCAACAGAGUGGACUUGUCCCCGCAACCUUUGGCUUGCCAAAAGACGUCAUGGACAUCGGCGCUGGUGCGGACCACUCAUUCGCCAUCCAUCGAAACGGCAUUGUAUACGGCUGGGGAGCAAACAACUACUGCCAAACUGGCAUUGAUGAACGCGACGGAGAGGACUUCGCCAACAUUCUGCGUCCGCAGUCGAUCGAUGGUCUGACAGGCCACGGGAAAGUCACCAGCAUCAGUGGUGGAAAUCAUCACAGUGUCGCGGUCACAGACGGUGGUGCAUGCCUGACGUGGGGUCGUGUUGACACAAACGCCCUUGGCCUGAGCGUUGACAGCCUUGCUGAACACGACAUCAUACGUGAUGCGCAAAAGAAGCCAAGAAUACUCAAGAGUGCGACCCAGGUACCUGGUAUCAAUGCUGUCCACGCCGCCGCGGGUUCCGAUCACUGCGUUGCGGUGACUCAUGAAGGCAAAGCGUACAGUUGGGGUUUUGGUGUGAGCGGCCAGCUGGGCCUGGGAGAUACGGAUGAUGUCGGGCUCGCGACCCUCAUCGAGAACAAGGCUGUCAAGGACAAGAAGUUGGUUUGGGCUGGCGCUGGCGGACAGUACAGCGUCCUGGCUGGGAAGGAGUGA